AAGGGCUCGUUCGUGGGCGACGUGGCCGAGGACCUGGCGCUGGAGCUGGCGGCGCUGGGCGACCGCGGCGCCCGAGUGGUAUCCCAAGGCAGGACGCAGUAUUUCGCUCUGCAGGCGAGCAGCGGCCACUUGGUGACGGCCGAGAGGAUCGACAGGGAGCAGCUGUGCCGUCUGCAGGAGAAAUGCGUACUGCGCUGUGAGCUGAUCGUGGAGGGCGAGAUGAAGGUUUAUGCAAUCGAAGUGGAAAUCACAGACAUUAACGAUAACUCGCCAACCUUCGGUGAAGCAGAAAAAGAACUGAGAAUGAGUGAGACCACAACACCGGGAUCCCGUUUUGCCCUCAGUAUGGCUCACGACCCGGACGUGGGUGUGAAUUCCCUGCAGAGCUACGCGCUGAGCGGCGACGAGCACUUCUCGCUGUCGGUGCAGGCGGGAGCCGACGGCGAGAAGCGUCCCGAGCUGGUGCUGGCCAAGGCGCUGGACCGGGAGGAGGCGGCGUUUCACGAGCUGCUGCUGAGGGCGAGCGACGGCGGCGAGCCGGCGCGGACGGGCACGGCGCGCAUCCGCGUGGCUGUGCUGGACGCCAACGACAACGCGCCCGCGUUCAGCCAGGCGGUGUACACGGUGCGAGUGCCCGAGGACGUGCCCGUGGGCUCCACGCUGCUCAGCGUCACCGCCAUCGAUCCCGACGACGCUACGAAUGGAGAAGUGAAAUAUUCGAUAAAGAAAGGCACAGACACUGCGUCGGAGAUCUUCCAUCUGGAUGCCGAGUCCGGAGUGAUCAGGCUAGUGAGAAACCUGGACUUCGAGGAAUGGAACUCCUAUGAAUUGGAGUUGCAGGCACGAGACGGCGGUGGCCUUUUCGACACGGCGAGGGUGUCGAUCUCGGUGACGGACGUGAACGACAACGCGCCCGAGAUUUCGGUGCGGUCGGCGCUGAGCGAGAUCUCGGAGGACGCGGCGCCGGGGACGGUGGUGGCCCUGCUGCACGUGCAGGACCGCGACUCGGGCGCCAACGGGGAGGUGCGGUGCAGCCUGGGCGAGAGCGUGCCGUUCCGUCUGGAGCGGGCGCUGGACGACUAC